ACUUAUGGCCAUAAAACAUAAGAAAAUAACAUUAGCCUGUUAUGACUUACCUUCCCAAUCCAUAGUCUCCUAAUUCCCAACUACUUUCCAAUCCAAGGUUAUUUAUCUGUGAUCUACAAAUUUGAUAUGCAAUCAGAUUUUAACUAAGCACAAGACAUGGAACAAAUAAAAGGCAAAGUUUGUGUUACAGGGGCUUCAGGCUUUCUAGCUAGUUGGCUUAUUAAACGACUGCUCUUAUCAGGGUAUCAAGUGAUUGGAACAGUAAGAGAUCCAGGAAAUGAGAAGAAAUUAGCUCACCUGCGGAAACUAGAAGGAGCAAAGGAGAGGCUCCAGUUAGUAAAGGCUAAUUUGAUGGAAAUGGGCAGCUUUGAUGAUGCAAUCUUUGGAUGCCAAGGCGUAUUCCACACUGCUUCCCCUGUACUCGGACCUUCAUCUGAUCCAAAGGCGGAAAUCUUGGAACCAGCUGUUGGGGGCACUUUGAAUGUGCUGCGUUCCUGUGAAAAGAAUCCAUUUCUGAAGCGUGUGGUUCUCACCUCAUCCUCAUCAACUGUUAGAGCAAGAGAUGAUUUUGACCACCUCGUACCUCUCGACGAGUCAUCUUGGAGCUCUGUGGAACUCUGCGAGAGACUCCAGCUUUGGUAUGCUUUAUCAAAAACACUAGCUGAGAAAGCAGCAUGGGAAUUCUGCAACGAAAAUGGAAUCAAAUUAAUAACCAUUCUUCCCUCGUUCGUGAUUGGUCCUAGUUUGCCACCUGAAUUAUGUUCUACUGCAUCUGAUGUCCUUGGCUUGCUUAAAGGUGAAACAGGGAAAUUUCAGUGGCAUGGAAGAAUGGGGUAUGUUCAUAUAGAUGAUGUUGCCCUUUGCCACAUCCUUGUUUACGAGCAAGAAAGUGCUCAUGGAAGAUAUCUCUGCAACUCCACAGUUCUGGAGGUUCAUGAAUUAGUAUCAUUUUUAUCAGCUCGUUAUCCAUCUCUACCCAUCCCACAAAGGUUUGAGCAACUAAACAGGCCAUACUACGAUUUCAAUACAUCAAAGUUGAAGAGCUUAGGCUUCAAGUUCAAGCCCAUCCAGAAAAUGUUCGAUGAUUGCGUUGCAUCACUCAUGGAACAGGGCCAUCUCACUGUUGCUGUUGAUUAACAAAUUGGAUGCAGAAAACUACUUCCUCUCCUUUAAAUUACUCUGCCACAUUUACGUAGUUAAAUGAAAGUAUCUGAACCUGUCUCUCUCUGUCUCUCUCUUAUAUUACUUGUGUAAUAUCAUCCAUUCAGUUAAAUAAUUCCCUUGUGGAUCACAAUA